AUUUAUGGGUUGUUUGGCUCUUUGAUUCCGUCAAGCACUAGACACAAGGUUUAACUUUGUAGCGCAGACGCUCGUUGCAGCACAGUCAGUGCGCUCGAGCGGUUUACCGGCGCGGUUAUCACUAUUAUGGAGCAGCGACACUGGUCCUGAGGAGACGUUCAGCAGCACCAGAGGCCAAAACAAGACCGUGACUUCACCCAGACACUUUUAAUAGGCUUAUUUUGUUUUAAUAAACAGUUACGAAACGGAUUAUAACAGAGGGUCGGCUGCGGUGUGAUAAACGAAUGAAAAUGGGGAGCCGGGGACACUACCGGUACCACUGGCAAAGCCACAAUGUCAAGCAGAGUGGUGUGGAUGAUAUGGUGCUUCUCUCCAAGAUCAAUGAAGACGCCAUUGUGGAAAACCUCAAGAAGAGAUACAUGGAUGACUUUAUUUUUACAUACAUUGGUCCUGUACUCAUCUCAGUAAACCCUUUCAAACAAAUGCCCUACUUUGGGGAUAAAGAAAUAGAGAUGUACCAAGGCUCGGCUCAGUAUGAGAACCCUCCUCAUAUCUACGCUCUAGCCGAUAACAUGUAUAGAAACAUGAUGAUCGAUCGGGAGAACCAGUGUGUCAUUAUCAGCGGUGAGAGCGGAGCAGGGAAGACAGUAGCAGCAAAGUAUAUCAUGGGCUACAUCUCCAAAGUUUCAGGUGGAGGUCCCAGAGUUCAGCAUGUCAAAGACAUCAUUCUGCAGUCCAACCCUCUUCUGGAGGCCUUCGGGAAUGCUAAGACAGUGAGGAACAACAACUCCAGUCGAUUUGGGAAAUACUUCGAGAUUCAGUUCAGUUCCGGCGGUGAGCCAGAUGGUGGGAAGAUCUCCAACUUCCUUUUGGAAAAAUCACGUGUGGUGAUGCGGAAUCCUGGAGAGAGGAGCUUCCACAUCUUCUACCAGCUAAUAGAGGGAGCCAGUGUAGACCAGAAAGGUAGUCUGGGUAUCACCAGCCUGGAUUACUACACUUACCUCAACCAGUCAGGUUCCUACAAGGUUGACGAUAUUAACGACAAGCACGACUUCCAGGAAACCUUGCAUGCCAUGGACGUGAUUGGUAUCUCAGGGAUGGACCGCACCAUGGUGCUGCAGAUUGUGGCAGGAACUCUUCACCUUGGGAACAUCAGCUUCAAGGAAGCAGGGAACUAUGCUGCUGUAGAAAAUGACGAGUUUUUGGCAUUUCCUGCCUUCCUGUUGGGCAUCGAUCAGCAUCGUCUUAAAGAAAAACUCACCAGUCGUAAGAUGGAUGGCAAGUGGGGUGGCAAGUCCGAGUCCAUAGAUGUAACACUGAAUGUGGAACAGGCGUGUUUUACUCGUGACGCUCUCUCCAAAGCCCUGCACUCUCGUGUUUUUGACUACCUGGUGGAGUCAAUCAAUAAAGCCAUGGUUAAGGACCAUCAGGAGCUGAACAUUGGAGUAUUGGAUAUUUAUGGCUUUGAGAUAUUUCAGAAAAAUGGAUUUGAACAGUUCUGUAUCAACUUUGUGAAUGAAAAACUGCAGCAGAUUUUCAUUGAGCUGACUCUGAAAGCUGAGCAGGAGGAGUAUGUACAGGAAGGAAUCCGAUGGACUCCCAUAGAGUACUUCAACAAUAAGAUCGUCUGUGACCUCAUUGAGAGUAAACUGAAUCCUCCAGGCAUCAUGAGUAUACUGGACGAUGUGUGUGCCACUAUGCAUGCGAAGGGUGAGGGAGCAGAUCAAACGAUGCUGCAGAAGCUCCGAAUGCAGAUCAACAAUCACGAGCACUUUAACAGCUGGAACCAGGGCUUCAUCAUUCACCAUUACGCUGGCAAGGUGUCUUAUGAUGCAGAGGGUUUCUGUGAGAGGAACAGGGAUGUGCUGUUCACUGACCUGAUCGAGCUAAUGCAGAGCAGUGAAAUACCUUUCAUCCGUGCCCUGUUCCCAGAAAACCUCAAUGCUGAGAAAAAAGGCAGACCCACUACUGCAGGGAGUAAAAUCAAGAAACAAGCCAACGAUCUGGUGAGCACCCUGAUGAAAUGUACACCUCACUACAUCCGCUGUAUCAAACCCAAUGAGACCAAGAAACCUAAAGACUGGGAGGAGAGCAGAGUGAAGCACCAGGUGGAGUAUCUGGGUCUGAAGGAGAAUAUUAGAGUGAGGCGUGCCGGCUAUGCCUACAGAAGAAUCUUCCGCAAGUUUUUGAACAGGUAUGCCAUUUUGACGAAGGAGUCUUGGCCCACGUGGCGUGGGGAUGAGAAGCAGGGUGUGCUGCAUCUCCUGCGCUCUGUAAACAUGGACCAAGACCAGUAUCAGCUCGGACAUACCAAAAUCUUCAUCAAAGCUCCUGAGUCGCUCUUCCUGCUGGAGGAGACAAGAGAGCGCAAAUUCGACGGUUAUGCCAGAACCAUUCAGACGGCCUGGAGGAAAUAUUGUGCACGCAAGAAAUAUGUUCAAAUGAGAGAGGAGGCCUCUGAUCUGCUGCUGAACAGGAAGGAGAGAAGAAGGCACAGCUUGAACAGGAACUUUGUGGGUGAUUACAUAGGUAUGGAUGACCGGCCCGAGCUCAGGCAGUUUGUGGGCAAAAGGGAGAAGAUCGAUUUUGCGGACAAAGUCAACAAAUUCGACAGGCGGUUUAAGACCAUCAAGAGAGACCUGAUCCUCACCCCUAAAUCUGUCUACCUGAUUGGAAGAGAAAAGGUGAAGCAGGGGCCAGAGAAAGGCAUGGUAAAAGAGGUCCUGAAGCGCAAAAUUGACGUAGAGAAGAUAAUGGCUGUUUCUCUAAGCACAAUGCAGGAUGACUUCAUGAUCCUGCACGAGGAGGAGUAUGACAGCCUGCUGGAGUGUGUAUUCAAGACAGAGUUCAUCAGCUUGCUGGCACGCCGAUACGAAGAGAGAACACAGAAAAAACUACCUCUCAAAUUUAGCACCAUGCUGGAAAUGAAACUGAAGAAAGAAGGAUGGGGACCCUGGAAUGCCGGAGGGUCCAGACAGGUGCAGUUCAUCCAAGGUCAAGGGGACGUAGCUGUGUUGCGACCCUCAAAUAAAAUGCUGCAGGUCAGCAUUGGACCGGGUCUGCCCAAAAACUCACGUCCUACUAAGGAGGGCGUCACUCAAAGCCGUUCCAACAUGUCCAGGACGCACCACCACACCCCAACACGAGUCGCACCCGGGCCUCCAGCAGUUGCUCACCAGAACGGAGGGCUGAAGAAUGCAAAUCACAUGGCCAAUCAGAGAAACUCGCAACAUCACAGCAAUCAGAGGCCGACAUCUGAAAACACGGCCCGUCCGUUCUUGCCUACUAAUGUCAGUCAGCUCAAGGACAGAGGCGGCAGACAGGCACCCCAGCAAACCAACCUGGAUUUCCUCAGAGUACCAGACCAAGGGGCCGCAGGAAAUCGACAACCGUCUGACAAUGGAGGAAUGGCCCACAGACAGUCUACAAACAGGCCCACUCCAGGAGGUGGCCGUCCCAAACCAGCCCCCAAGCCGAAGCCCCAGGUGCCUCAGUGUAAAGCUCUUUAUGCCUAUGAUGCCCAAGACACAGAUGAGCUAAGUUUCAACGCAGAUGACAUUAUUGACAUCAUUAAGGAAGAUGCCUCUGGAUGGUGGACAGGGAGGCUGAGAGGUAAACAAGGCCUUUUCCCAAACAACUACGUGGCUAAGAUCUAACCUCUUAAUGAGCCUUUAAUGAGGGGCACAGACUUGUUAGACAAAGAAGGACAAAAACGGAGGGAAAACUGAGAUAAUGAAGGAAGGAGCGAGGUGUGGCGUGGCUGUGGUUAAUUCCUCGAAAGCUCUGCGCUUGGUCCCACGGACACUUGAGGCCAUGCGGGCAUACGCCGGUCAGACACAAAACUUUUCUCCAGGGCGCUGAAUACUGAACUGUCCCUGUGAGCACUGAUCAAACUAUUUAUUGUAUUUAUAUUAUAGCUUUCUACAGUUUAUUUCUGAUGUGGUUUGUUCAUCUGUCAUUGAUAUUUAAGGUGAUCUUAAUUCACUUGAAGAGAUGAAGUAGCCAUUUUAUGUGGGAAUAGGCUUUUGUAUUUUGCUUUUGAAAUGGAUCAGUUUUGUAUGUAAAUUAAGGUGCUUGCCUUUUAGAGUCACUUGCUGUUCAUGAUUUUUAUUUUAUUUUAUUUUUUCCAAUUUCUUCAAGUCAUGUCCAGAUCAAUGGUUUUAGUGGGGAAUGUUUUGCUGCUAAGGACCGUUUUAUAUGUUAUUGCCUUUCACCUUGUAAUUCACAGAAACCCAAAUGUAUAAAAUGCACUAUGGCUCUUGAAAACCAUGGUUUGUAUGCUUUUGAAGUUCAUAAACUCAGAACAAUGCUGAAUGUAUCAUUGUGCAAAAGAUGCAGACAGUUGGGUAAAAUUACAGUGGUAUUUCCACACAGUCAGCACAUUGUUACUGUAUAGUUACGAAAUAUUAUAUCAUUAUGACAGUGUACAAAUGUACUGGUCUGCUCAUCCACACCAACAUUCACUAAGGUGCUAGUCAGUGAAGAAUCAGAGGCUGGAUCCAUGAGCAUCAUAAAAAGAUGGCUCACCAGAUAAAUUCUUAGGAAUUCAUAAAAAUGUUCAAAAGUGCAAUUCUUGGGAAAAAAAGGGAAAGUGGAAAGUUUCCAUAUUUUCUUAAGAAUAAAGUGACAGUUGGUGUCUGAUUGUAUACUUUUCUACCAAUAAGGUUGCCAGGUCUAAUACAACAAAUUCAAAACUUUAUGUGGUAAAUCUUAAGCUCAUUUUAUUUUCCUAUAUGAUACAUUUAAAGUGAAUUAGACUAAUCAUUGGAAAUAUUACUUGCAUUUGGAAGUUUAUUUGGGGGACACCCAAUAAAUGUGUUCAACAUCUUAA